GAAGCAGGCUAGGAAACCCUUGACAUUCCCACUCGCUCUUCCUUCGAAAUCCCACCAGCCCAGCGAAGAGGAAGAGGAAUCGAUCGAGCUUCUGUACCCAACCCAUCUUUUCUGUAGACAGUCGAAGCUCUUGACCCGCUGCUGAAAUCAAUGUCUCACUCACACGUAGGAGACGAUGACAACCAAACUGAGCCAGAAAUUGCAGCGACAGAAGAGGCAGAGGCAGCAGAGGCAGAGGCAGCAGAGGCAGAGGCAGAAGAAGAGACGAGGAAGACGGACGAGGCUCGCUCUGUAGCACACGGUUCGAGUUCGCCAGAGCCGGAUCAGAUUGGCCAUGACAACAAUCGGAGCCACUCGAGAGUUGGAAGAAGACAAGCAGGAGAGGCGGCCGAAUCCCAUCCCCUUCCAAGGUCUGCCGCGACUUCUCCGCUCUCUGGGUCGAAGGAGCCUCCAAGCCGUGGCCUCCACAUCAACGGGCGCUUUGGCUGGUCUCGCUACGACGACUACGACGUCAUCACUGUACACGGCAUACGAGAUGAUCCCAAAACAGCGUGGCAGACAAGAGACGGAACCUGGUGGGUCCACGACGAGUUAUUUGAGAAGCUCACCAUCAGGGAGAUUGACUUCUCGUACUAUACUCACGAGGAGGCCGAUAUCUUCAAACCGGACGGUAUUGCGAGGGAGGCUCGACGGCUCCUGACCGACUACACGUCCGCAAGGGAGAACCUCCCCAGCACCGAAGUUGAUCGUCCCGUGAUCUGGAUUUGUCACGACAUUGGGGGCCAUAUUGUGAAACAAGCCCUCAUGUACGCCGCCAUGAACCCCAAGUCCUACAGCCGGAUCGCCCUUUUGACAACGGUGAUCAUCUUCUUGGGAGUUCCGCACCGGGCUCACUCGAUGGAAGAGCUCGAGGACCAACUUCAUCAGCUGUUGAUUCUGCCUGGCCCCGGCGAUAUAAAGCAGGGCAUUGUGCAGAAAAUUCGGGGUCUUGCGGAACAGGUCGCAGCCAUCAAUACCCAGUUUCUCGAGCUGGGCCUGACAAGCCGCGCUGUCAUGGUCAACAUUUUCAGCUCCGCGAAAACGCCAGAGUUGCGGUACAACACGCAGCCGGAGAUCGAGACGAUCGAGACGAUCGAGACGAUUGAGCCGAAGAUGGAGGAGUCCGAGAAGCCUCCCACUUCACCCCCUCUCAUCGCAAUGUUCCCCAGAUACAGCGCGUCGAUGGGUUUCCCAUUCGAGACGCAGAGCAGGUGGCGCAGCGCCAUCAACCACCUAGAUCUCAUUCAUGGGGUCCGGCCGGAAGAUGAGCAAGGUGGCGACAUUAACUGGAUCCCAUUUUUCGCAAAGUUGUUCAACACGCCUGGGCUUCCCCUACAAGUCAACUAUCGCUUAAUUGAGGACCAGGGCAAAUUUCUUUCCCUGAUGCCACCUCUACGAACCGCAAACGUGGGCUUCGACCCCAACGCACCAAAGAUCCCAUCUAUCGCCUGGAUCAACAAGCAGGAAGCGUACACAAAGUUCAGCAGGAGGACUGUCGGCCAAGCAAUACUCUACCUGCACGGCGGCGAGGACCAUAAUAUGUUACCCGAUAUCUCCCAGGUUUGCCAGAAGUUCUACCUUGAUCACGACCUCGACCUACUCGAAGAGAAUGACGAUACUCUCAACAGAUAUGUAGCCUGUUUCGAGUUCGACAAGCGAGACAGCAGGUACAAUAACCUUUCGUCCAUGCUCCUUACGUUCCUGAACGAUCUCAUCUGGCACUUUUGGGAAGGCGUCGACCUGGACCAGAUCUUCGAACCCUUAACACAAUAUCGUUCGUUGUCGCUCGAGGACUUGUAUCAUGCCUUCAGUUAUCUAAGGCACUUCGGUGUCGUCGAGAAUCUCAUCUUUUCCAUCAGCUGCUUCGACCACUGCGAUGUCACAGAGCGAGAGUGGUUCUUGGAGCGUGUACUGAAGGAGCAGAGCUUCACAGACGCGCCAUACAAGAUCAUCAUCUCGACUAGUGCCCCGGACAGUUUUCUGACCAAGACCCUUCCGGCAUCCUCCGUCAUCGAUCUCAGCAAAUGUCCGGCGCUGCGAGAGGAUGGGAAGCUGGCUAGAGACACCGACAUGGCCGGUCUGGAGCAGAGCAUGACGAGUCUUGUCGAAAAGCGCCCUACAUAUCGCAACUUCAAGUCUCAGAUCAGAGAGCUGAUGGAUCAAUGUAAGGAGGCGCCAUAUCUGGGGCGCGCGAUACUUUCCUGGCUCAGCUCCUACAGGCCGGGGAACCCAAAGGCUGGGGUCGAAGCGGUCCUCAGGAAAAUGGCUCCCGUCACGCCGCAGAACCUUGUUAAUGCCUUCCUCGGGGCUCUAGCCCCCGAGAGACAAGACUGGGCAAGAACUGUCUAUCGUUGGGUGAAGUACGCCGCGGAACCCUUGACCCUCGAGAUGCUUGCCCAAGCGUUGGCCUUGUCUCUCUCGCAAGACGGCGAAGUGUCGGUCGCCGACGUUGACCGCGCUGGCCUGCAGCACGACCUCGACCAGUAUUUUGGUGGCCUGAUCGUUGUGGAUGGUCGCGAUAUCAAGUUCUGUCACGACUCGCUCUACGGCGUCGCCAACUUCGACCUCCAGGAUAGCACGAAAGACGACGCCGGGGAGACUCACAAGCAAAUUGCAGAGAGUUGCCUGCGCUGCCUCAGACUCCGAGAGGCGCAGGACACCCUCGCGGCUACUCUGUCAGUCGAGCAAUACGGUGGGCUGGAAGCCGGUGCAAUGGCGCUUCCGCGGUCAAGUCUCGCCGAGUAUGCGGUUCGUUUCUGGGCCAAGCACUACGCCCUUGCCGGCGCAGAUGCGCCCAGUGAGCAGGCUCUGGCUUUCUUCAGGGACCGAGACGCCAUGUAUACGUGGGCUGAAGCGUACUACAUCUCCUCGAACCCCUUCACACGACUCCAGAGGACCUACCUCUCCCCUCUCCCUUACAUGGCCAUGCUAGGACUGGAAGACUUGGCUGUGUAUUAUUAUAUGGGUCUCGACAAAUCCAAGUCGCACUACUACGACAAGGGGGCCCAGCGGAAUCAGUCCUGCUGGGAUGCCAUUGCCGAGGCUGCUCGCAACGGCCACAGAAGCCUGGUGCUUCGCCUGCUCCUGCAUGUCGGCGAAUUAGACGAAGCCGGUCUCGGGAAUGCCAUAUCCGCGGCAGCGGCAUUUGGAAAAGGGGGUGCGCUGGACGAUCUCGUCACCAAGGCACGAGACUUGGAGGGUUUCCACUGGCCCGAGCGCAUCCUCGAUCGCGCUGCCGCCGCUGGCCUUGAGACGCUCAUCUCUGCUGUAGCUGAAUCCAGUCAUGACUUGGACGACGAGAAGACCAUGUCGGACAGGACGAACGCCCUUAGCAUCGCGGCUUUUUGGGGCCAGAAAGAGGCUAUCGGGUCGCUGAUGCGGUGCAAGGCAGACCCCUAUGGCAAGGACAAAGAUGGGAAGAUGCCGUUGGAGUUGGCGGUUUUGCGCGGUGAUCCCACCAUAUUGGAGCUGAUGCUCGGCGAGCAGGCCAACUUGGACUGCAACGAACAAUUCAAGUCUUCAGCUGCGGACUUGGCAGUGAAAUGUGGUCGACCAAAGGCACUUGAAGUCGUCAUUGGGCGGGGAGCGGAAUUCAACGGCAAUUACCCGGCCAACCCAGAUGACCCAGACGACGACGGGGGCGAGUGUUCCUCCCCCAAGAUCCCCAUUGUCCGCGCUGCCGCACUUGGAUACGAGAAGUGUGUGCGCAUCUUGCUCAAGAACAACGCAGACCCAAGGGCUGGAUCCACUCGAGGAAGUGCUCUUUACUUCGCCGCAGAAGGGGGCCAUGUCGAGAUCUGCCGGAUGCUUCUUGAAAAGGGGGCGGACCCCAACCAGACCUUCCCAGACCAGGACGUACUCCUGAACCGGGCCAUCGCCACCAAGAAGAAGGACUUGGUCGAGCUCCUGGUCGACAAUCCCUUCAACAACACGGCCAAGAUCGACGUCUCUGACCCGAGAAACACACCCCUCGUGCUCUCCAUCAGGGAUAGUCUUCCGGACAUCUUCCAGCUGCUUUUGGACAAGGGCGCCGACGUCAACUACGUCGGUAAAAACUCCUGGUCGCCGCUGUUCGCCGCCGCGUACCAAAGGGAACCCCAGAUGGUCAAGACUCUGCUCGCAAGAGGCGCCAACGUCCACUGGAGCAAUGAGUACGGAUGGACGCCUUGGCACGCCGCCUACGAUUCGCCCGAGACACUAGAGGAGUUCCUGAAAGAGGGCGUGGACAUGGACAGUCAGUCGAAGGAUGGGACCGUCUUAAUGAUGGCUGCGCGGUGGGGACACCCGCAGAGCUUGAGAUUUCUCCUCGCCUGGACACACAAGCCCAACCUUGAAGUCACCUUGGACAACACGAAGCACUUCGAAUACACGUGCACUGCGCUACUGAUCGCCUGCAAGAGCUUCCAGGCCGAGUGUGUCAGGAUUCUCCUCGAAGCCGGCGCCAAUCUGAGUCACAGGACCAAUGAGGGCGAAUACGCGCUGCAAUCCUUGCUUUGGGGUAGCGACCCGGAGAGGGAGGACACACUGAAGGAGGUGCUCAAGUUCAAACCUGCCCUGGACGAGGCAGACAGCAAGGGCAACACGGUCCUUCACGACGUGAACCCAACAACCCCGCGGUCAAUCGUGAGCCUCCUCGUCGAGAGCGGCGCCCCCUCCAACGGGGUAAACAACAAAGGGUACACGCCGCUCGCAGCUGCCAUCAGGUGCGGCAACAUGGAAGCGGCGCGGUACCUCUUCGAGGAGCGCAGAGAGAACAUCAACGUCUGCAGUCCCAAUUUCGGGGGCGUCGUGCUCCUGGCCGUGAUACAAGGCGAUAUUGAGCUGCUGAAGUUUGUGAUCCAGCACCAGGCAUCCUUGGACGUUGCGGAUAACCUGGGGAGGCGACCGAUCCACGUCGCGACCAGGACAAGCAAGGACCAUGUCUCGGAACUGGUCCGAGCCGGCGCGGAACUAAACGUCCGAGACAACUAUGGCCGGUCGCCGGUGCAUUUUGCCGCUGGGUUUGGCGACGUGGACGUGCUUGACUUGCUGAUGGAGUCGAUGCCGGAAGAGAACUUCCAGGUCGGCCACGUCGAUCACGACGGGUGGACGCCGCUCAUGUGGGCGUGCAGACUUAAACCCUUGGAUGCGCAGCAGUGCCACUUGCUGCUGGACAAGCUGAUCGACAAGGAAGGAAAGGCCCUAUCGGUACGCAGUAAUGAUGAUAAGUGGUCGCCGCUCGCGUUGGCGACCUAUCAUAGGUGGGGUGACGAGUUGACCGCUAGGUUGGUCCCACCGGAGCAGAAGCGGAAGCUGGAGAGCAACGAGAGAGAGGAGGACGAGGACGAGGACGAGUCGGGGAAUGAUGGGUUGCCGAAGACUCGGGUGAUGCUCACAAGCUACGGUGUGAGCUGCUCAAGCUGUCUUCAGGUCACGUUUGACACCCACUGGGAUUGCACCAAGUGCAUAUUCAGGCUCUGCCCUAAGUGUUUCACUAGCCGGUCCACAGUGCACGACGAAGAGCACCACUUUGAAGAAGUCCUCCCGCAGCCCGACUCUCCGUCAAUAGCAACAGCUAAAGAAGGAACGUCUGAGGAAGAAAGCGAAGAGGAACAAGUGGGAUCUAGAGAAGAAGAGGAGACAGAAGAGGAAGAAGAAGAAGAAGAUGAUGAUGAGGUUGAUAAUGAUGAAAAAAACCAAGGUGUAGGGGUGGCGAGUUGAUUAUCUAGCUAUAUCUGUAUGUAAGGGGCAGACGGCAACAGCAACGCGACUCUUCACGACAUUGACAGAAAGACCCCCCCAGUCUAUUCAUAAACCACCCCCCCCCCCGCGCCCCGACGCAGUAAAUCCAAG